AUGCAGCGCGCAUCCCACGUCGGUAGGCGCCAUGCGGCCCGGGUCGGUCUCCUUGCAGCGGCCGUGCUCUGGUUUAGCACAUGCUGCAUAACCACACCUGAUGGCGUGGGCUUCGUCGCAGGGCACCAGCGCAGCAUGCAGCCAGCUUCCGGGAUCCACCGUCGCGCAUCCGGCGCUCAGGAAUGGGGCUUUCCGGAUUGGUUUCCCUGGGCCACACAUUUGAACGGCUGCCUGCGGGACAUGUCCGAGGCCUUUGCCAAGUCGUUUCCGUCGAUGCAGCGCUCCAUGACUAUGGAGGAGUUUGCAGAGAUGAACGACGAGCUUGCGAACAUGCGAGCUCGGCUGAAAGCUGCGCGACAGCGUGAACAAGCA